AUGAGCGCCGACACGUCGAAUCGCCUCCAGCAGCUCAAUCCGCUACUCGAGGCGAAGAAUCCCAACGUACGGAACGAGGCGGCCGCCGCAUUUGGCAAGUUCUCCAUAUUCGACGGGAAAGUCGUUGAGGUUUGCGGAAUGUGAUCGUAAAAUGUUAACGAUAGACUGCAGAUUCUCAAAAAACAUCUGACCUCGCAGAACUGGGAUACCAGAGUUUCCGCUGGACGGGCUCUUCAGGCUGUGCUCCUUAAUUGUCAAGAUUUCGACGAUAAAAAGGCAAGUUUCGGAAAUGUUUUGCAAAAUUAACAUUUAACUAAAGCGAGCUUCAGAAUGACACCGAUUCAACGGCUUUCGAGCAGCUAAAAAAUAUCAACGUAAUGAGAGUUUUGCAGACUUUCAAGCCUUUGCUCAGGUGAGUUUUUCACGUAUCGGUCCAAAAAAUCGAUUAAUUACAGUGAAUCAGAAUUGGCUAUAAAGAAGUUGGAAAAAGAGCCGUUGAACAAUCAGAAACAACGAGAAAUCAUCGAUGAGCACCUCGAGUAUUCGCAAAUAACAGGAAUGAGCUCUGUGAGUCAGCUGGAUUUUUGUUCCAUAUCUGAAAAAUGACAUUUCAGCGGAAGUUUUUGAGCGACGACGAAUUUAUAAUAGGAACGACGGAAGUGCCAGAGACUGCCGGAGCAGAUGAAGCGACGAGUCAGGAAUUGGCACAAGUGACAAAAAAAGAAAGUGCGGAAGGUGAUGGAGAAUCAGCGGAGACCGUGAUCGAAAGGAAGAAGACGUUCUGGAGGAUACUGCGCGAGUUUGUCAACCUGGUAUCGGAGCAGCAGUGGUAUACUCGGCACGGCAGCGCCAUCGCCAUUUGCCACAUCGCAACCACUUCAUUCAACCGACUCUCGAACGAUCUAAUCGAUUCCACGUUGUACCUUCUGAUCCACGUGCUCAUUCUUGACAAGUUCAACGACUUCAUCUCGGGCCGAAAUGCAACUGCUCCAGUUCGGGAGCAAUGUGCCCAGGCACUUGUGCACAUGCUCCGCGGCACAGAUCAAAAACGGAGAGAACUGCUCCUGCAGAUUGUCGUGCAAAUGGUCGAGACACCCGGAGAUAACAACUGGAACGUUCGGCAAUCAGGGUUGCUCAUUCUCAAGUAUUACUUCGCCAUUGCACGGAACGACGGCCAACAGAACACGUUCGAUCGGUGCUUCGACCUUGUCAUCCAAUCACUGGAUGACUCUGUCGAUGACGUCACUGGAUGUGCUGUAAAGACGCUUUCGUCAAUUCUGUCUAACAAGGAGAUCCCGGCGGAUGAGAUGAAUGAGCUCGUCAAAAAAGUGAUGUGUCACAUCUGGAAGCUUUUGGAAUUGGAAGCGUCGAAGGAGCAGCUGAGGGCAGGACUCGAUGCUCUUUGCAUUGAUCUUCUCGAGAUCGUGGAACUUUGGCUGACUUGGAACCAGCAGACCGGCAUCACUCGGGACAGUUUGCUCACAAUCUGUUCGAUGCUCGAUGUCUCGUUCCCUGUUCGUUGCGAGAAAAUCGUGCGACUGUUGGAUGCAGACAUGGAUCGACCGCAGAACGAAAAACUGACAGCCGACGACGUCUUUCGGAUUGUAAAGCAAUUGUAUCGGAUUCUGCUCUUCUCGCCUCCAUCUGACUCCCUUGCCUACCUCGAGAAAACGUUUCUCACGUUCAGCAAAAUAUAUCGGAUUUAUCAGUUAGUUUAUCUCGUCGUUAAACAGUAAAAAACUAAGAUUUCAGAAAAGAAUUGAUUGACAAAGGAGAUGUGAGUCUGAAGAUCGGCAACUGGAUCGGCUGCCUUCUUCUCGAUCAUCGGAAUCCGCAAAUCGACGUGUUCGGGUGUGAUGUGGACGGAUUCGCCAGUAUGAAAACCUCGCCGACAGAGCUCAUGUGCUCGGAAGAGAUGCGGUUUCUCGGCGAGAGGGAAAAAGAUAAAGUUUAUCUGACGAGAAAGAUCCUCUGUGCCAAAUUCCUCGCCAUCAUUCUCGAGUCGCUUUACGAGUCCAGUGCAGAAAUUCAAGAACAGAAAGUGUACAUUCUAGUCAUUUUUCAAGUUGACAUUUCCGUUUUUCAGUGACGUUGCCGUCCAACUUCUCUUCGUUCCUUUAUUUCAAUCGAAAUCCAUAAUGCACAACCUCGGAAUUUCGAUAGUUGUGAAUGAAUGGGCGGCUCAAUACAGAGCAUCAAGCAACUCCAAAAUAACGGAAAAGCAGCCGCCGAUGACUAUUGUUCAAUUGGCGGAUGCGAUCGUCACUGGACCGCCCAAACAGUACGACGAAAUGACUACGAUAGUGCAGGGGUUGACGAAGGACUGCAAUGACUUUAUUCAGUUUUGCGUGAUCCGAGGAUUUGACAAGAACGCUGCCGAAGCGAAUGGACACGUGCCGAUCGAAGAAAUCAGCAAACUGGCGUACGAAACUGUCCUUCCGAACCUGAAGACGGAUAAACAGCAGGAAUCGGUCAAAUCGAAAUACAGCAGCUUGAUGAGGUCCAUCGAAAAUGCAAAAGCUAACAUCAAAUCGAAUGCAAUGUCGGUUUAACUUCUUGUAAUUCACCCGGAAAUUGAUUAAUUUUCAGCCGUAUCAACGCUUUGCUCUCCUCGACUCUCUUGUACUUUGGCCACGCCCCCGAGAAGCUGAGUCCUCAAAUCCGUCCGAUCGUCGAAACGAUGCAGACGGAAGAGAACGACGCGAUGGCAUCCGAAGUGUUCCGUGGAGCCGUCCCUCUUCUUGUUGUCUUCAGUUGGCCGAGAACCCCUCGUCCGUACGUAAAAGUGCUUGCGAAAGUGUUCAAGUCGUUCUCCGAUUGUUCCAUUCGAAUGCCGAAGCCUAGGGCGACGGACAAUCCAGAAGCCAUAAUAAGCAUGCUUAGAAUAUGGGGAAACGAAACGGAAGAAGGAUUUGAGGAGGAGAAUGGCAAAAUUUCAGCGGAGAGCAGGAACGCCGAGUUGCUCAUGACGGUAUUCUAAUCAGUUUGACUAACGAAAGCCAACAUAUGUUCAGAUUCUCUGUCAGUUCAAUGCAAGCCAGCUCUCCGAGUUUUUCUCACACUUCGAUCUCAGCGAAGAAGUCGACCUCGAGACGUUUCUGCUCCGUCUGGAGCUCCACAACAGUCUGUGGCACCGCGUUGGCUCCCGACUCUCGGAUCAAUCGACCGAAAAAAUAUUCGCAUUGGUUCCGAACGAAGAUCCAGCCAUUCGGUUCGCCUUCGCAAAAGCGAUCGUCACUUUUUGCAAGUCCAACUGCGGAGACACGUUGUCCAAGUGCUACGGAAGACUUGUCAUUCUCUCCCGUGAUCUUAACAACGUGAACUCGCGGCUCUCUGCAGUCGAAGUGUUUCUGCGGCUCUCCAUGAUGGAUACCACGUUCCUCAACGGCUGGGCGACCCUCCUGGCUCCACUCGUUUUCCAUCUUCUCACUGAUCAAUGCGAGUCGGUUCGAGAUGCCGCUGGCGAAGCUUUUCGUCGCCUCAUCCCAGUAGUGACCGUCGAAAACUCUAGCGUUCAAAUCGAAGGACUCAGCGAAGAACUUUCAGCGAAACGAGGAGAAUACUCCAAUUUUAUCAACGUUCUCGGCGCUCCAAGCAACUUGCCACGUGUCGCUCGUGAAGAUAUACGUGGAGGAUUCGAUCCGAGCAUGCUGCGAGAAUAUCAGCUCGAGGGAAUCACGUGGAUUCGCUUUCUGCGCACGUACGGGUUGCACGGCAUUCUCGCAGAUGACAUGGGCCUCGGAAAGACUCUUCAGACGAUGUGCGCCAUUGCCCUAUCGAACGACAAAGAUCAUCUGGAGACUGCGCAGAUGUGCUCUCUCAUCAUUUGCCCGCGAACUCUCGUCGAUCACUGGUGCUUGGAAUGGAACAAGUUUUUCCCGAGACGAAUGCCGGCUUCAAAAAAUCCGAAGACGUGCAAAGGUUCGGAGAUCUGCGUCAUUGCCUACGAAGACUUGAAAAGUCCAUUCAUUCAGUGAGUCACUUUCUAUACUGAAGCGCUUCAACGUAAAAGGGCUUUCCAGAAACCGCGUCUGGAAUUACGUAGUUCUAGACGAAGGCCACGUCAUGCGAAACUCCAAAUUGCGCGCGUGGAGGUUCGCAAACCAACUCGUGUGCAACAGCAGACUCAUCCUCUCGGGAACGCCCGUUCAGAAUUCGUAAGACUCGCCUUUACUCUCAGAUAUUUCAAUAUUUCUUUCAGUCCUGCCGAUCUAUGGUCUCUUUUCUCGUGGCUCAUGCCCGGAUAUCUGGGAUGUGAGAAAAAGUUCCGUAACCAAUUCCUCAAGAAAAUCAUGAAAUGUCGACUCGCAAAAGCCAACGAACAGGAGUUGAAAUCAGGCGCGGCGGCGAUAGAGCAACUGCACAAGCUCAUUCUUCCGUUCGUGCUCCGUCGGCUGAAGACAGAAGUUCUCACGGAGCUUCCGGAGAAGAACGUGCAAGAUUACGAAUGCGAAUUGACUGACGACCAAAAGGAGAUCUAUCGGUUCUUGGUCAACAAAUGUACGGCCCAUCCGGAAGAGCUGAAGAACAGAACGGGCAUCUCCAGUCUCGUGUGUCUUGUUGCUCUGCGAAGACUGACGGAUCACACGGUUCUCGUGCUGAACACCUUGACAAACAUCGGAGCACCGAAAGAGCUCAUCGACAAGGCGCGGACGGCGAAAUCUGGAAAGAUGGAUGCACUGAAACAACUGCUCAUCGAAUGCGAGAUUUGCAAGAAUCCAGAUGAGGAAGAAGCUGAAAAAGAUGAAAUUGGAGGAUUGAGUGAGGUCGGAGCAGGUCAUCGAGCCCUCAUUUUCUGCCAAUGGAAGGCGUCGGCCAAGCUCGUCUCCAAGAAACUGAGCAGUGGAGAGUUCGGAAGUGUUGUCCCUCAUCUGGUGCUCGAUGGGAAUGUUCCGGCUGGAGACCGAAUGAAAGUAGUGCAACGGUUCAAUGAGGACAAGACCAUCGACGUCCUCGUGCUGACAACUCACGUGCGUUUUAUCAAUUGAAACUAAUUAGAUAUGCUGUAUUUCAGGUCGGAGGAGUUGGUCUCAAUUUGACCGGCGCAGACACUGUAAUCUUCCUGGAUCACGACUGGAACCCAAUGAAAGAUCUGCAAGCGAUUGACCGUGCGCAUCGGCUCGGACAGACUCGGAAUGUGAACGUCUAUCGACUGAUAACGCAGGGAACUGUCGAAGAGAAAGUGAUGAGUCUGGCCAAGUUCAAACUUAACACGGCGAAUGCGCUCAUCGGGUCGGAAAACACGUCGAUGCUGACGAUGGAGACGGGCGAGCUGAUGAAUAUGUUCACUUUGGACGGAGAUGAGAAGAACAGUGAUUGGGAGCCGACGGUCAAAAAGUCAAGAAAGUGAGUGCAAAGUUAUUUGGACUCUCCAAAUUUACCCCGUUUCAUUCAGAGCCACGCCAUCAGGAGCAGGAGGCAGUGCUGAAGAAAUCGACCUGGCGAGCAUGUGGGACGAGAGUCAGUACGACGAUUACCAAGUGGACAAUUUCCUCAAAAACGCUUGA